CUCCAUGCACCGGGAGCCCGAUGUGGGACUCGAUCCCGGAUUUCCGGGAUCGCGCCCUGGGCCAAAGGCAGACGCCAAACCGCUGCGCCACCCAGGGAUCCCUCUUCCUGAUUUUCUACUGGCAAAACACAAGCAUGAGCCCAUGGAAGCGCUUGUGCGGGCGUCUCGUCCUGAGGGUCUCAUUGCGAUGGAUUGGUGGAGGGACAAUUUCUGGAUCAUCUUAGCUGUGGCCAUCAUUGUCGUCUCCACAGGCCUGGGCCUUAUCCUGUACUGUGCCUGCAGGCAGCUGCUUAGACAGGGCAAGAAGUGGGAAAUUGCCAAGCCCUUGGAAGAAAAGCGAAGAGAUGAUGAGAAGAUGUAUGAGAAUGUUAACAAUGAACCGCUGGUUCAGUUGCCCCCUCUGCCACCCAGAGGUCUGCUUUUUCCAGAACACACAUUCCCACAGGAACCCCCAAGUCAGCCAUCGAGCACAUACUCACUGGUCAACAAAGUGAGAAACAAGAAGACGGUUUCCAUCCCGAGCUACAUUGAGCCUCUGGAUGACUACGAUGAUGUUGAAAUCCCCGCCAAUAUGGAAAAGCAGCGCUUCUGAGACAACCGUUCCUUCUUUUUUGACAAGCCCAAGGGGGUUCACCCAGCUUUUUAAACCAAUCGAGAAUGAGUGAACUGCCAUAGGUCAUGGGAUCCUGAAAGCCAGUGCUCACGUAGUGGAGCUCCUUUAAAAUCAACACCUCCUGAAGCUCAGAGCAUCAGCAUCCAGCAGAACCCACGCUGAGGAUCUGCCCUGCGGACCUGGAGGGCUCAGGCCUUGAACUCCUGUCCAUUGGUUCCUUCAGGAGGACCUCCGGGGCCUGUGGCUCUCCGACCCCCUGAACCUGUGAGAAACACUCCUCCCCCUUCCUCUCUUUUGUUUGGUUCUAAGUGAUGCUACAUUUUGGUGUCUGACUCCAGAGCCUUCAGGCUCCCACCCCCACCUUGGCCCCCCCGGGUCCUGCCCACCUCCUUGCAGCUUCUGCAAGGGUGAGUAUGGCUCUUGCUUCAUGUGAACCAACCUCCCAACAUGCAUCCCAAACCCCAGUGCCUCCCCAUGACCUUGGCCAGAUGGACCUCAGAGAUUCAGGUUCUCACCCAUCUUUUCUUGUGCUUCCCACUUGUAUCAAUCAACGGGGACAGAUGUGAUCUUGGGGGGCCAAAGCACACACGUUACAUGCAGCUGUGUCAUUUUGCACUAUGUGCGGGGUGAGGGGGUACAGGAAAGGCAGGUUUCCCCAGGGAAAAACCAUGGGGAAGAGGAAAGAAAGGGACAGUGAAUGGGCAGAUUCAUCUGUGAGUCCCUUGGGUGACUUUCUGUGCAGACAGCAGCAAGGUCACCGCCCUGUCCUGCUGCAGCAGUGCCUGCAUCCUCUGGAACCCCAUCAGUCCCCUAGCGCUGACUGGCAGGGUCCCCGGGCUUGACGCAUCCUCAGUGGACCCGAGGCGCUGAUGGCCAAGCCUUCCCUGGGGAACCCGGCACCGAGCAGGCUCACGGGGAGAGCACUGAGGGCCUCGGGAAGGCGAGCAGGGCCCCUGGGGCCGAGCCCCUCCUCAGAGACGGACAUGUGUGCCUGCCGCCGCCAGCUGCUGGGAUGGCCUUGCCGCUGCCUGCUGCCCUACCAGGGGGGACGGACAGUGGCACAUGCGCUUCCUCUCGCCUAUAUCCCAGGACGUGUGGAUGUCCCGCCACCCGGGGUCACCACCGCCUUGCUGUGGGGCAUGGCCCUGUGGCCCCUGAACUCAUGAGCCAGAGAGGACUCCCUCCCCAAGUUACAGGGGAAAGAUUAAUACGCCAAAGGACAGAAGAGUUUGGCCCGCGUGCUCUCCCUCUUACAGAUGUUUGGCAAACCAUCCAAGUCUACGACGGGAGUUAAAAGCAAAUACCAGGGACAGGUUACCUCCUACCUCCUCCCUCCUCCCUGGUGUCUGGGAUGGCACCAUCUCCUGUACUCCUGCCACACACACCAAAAUGCCAUACCCAGAUGGCUGCUCUUCCGCGGGCUCUUCCCAGUCCGUGCCCCAACCCUGCUGGAAGAAGGAGCAAUGGGGCCACCUCUGUGGGCUCAGGGCCCUCUGCUCAUGACUCCAGCCAUGCCUCAUCCUGGGUCUCAGACCUGCUGCCCCAGGAACCCUCCCCCUCAAGUUCAACAUAUCCUGAAAGGAACCACGGCCCACCCCCAAUCCCAGACUCCUUCUGCUGUGCUACCUUCUCAAUCCCUGGAGUCAGAAUCUGGUCCAGGGUGUGGGGUCCUCUGCUCCGGGGUCCCCACCUCCUGUGACUGUGCCUCUCCAGCAGCCCCCCGGGCAGUCUCCUGCCACUGACAUCUCAGCCUCCGGUCCCCUUUCUACACAGCAGCCAGUGGUUUUUCCAAGGGGACAUCUGACCACCCCAUUCCCUUGCCUAAAGCUCUUCUUCACCCAUUGCCCUCAGAAGAACUCCGAACUCCUUCAUAUAGGUUAUGAGAUUUGUCAAGAUCGGGUCCCCAGGUGUCUCCUGCAACCUUCCUCUCCCCACUCCCUUGCAACUUCCAAAUUUUUGGCUAUAGUCAUUUGAGAUGACCUGGUCUGUAGUCCCUCUUGCCCCUAUUGUUAUGCGCAGCAACCUCCCACCUAUCUAGAACAUUCUUCCCCACCCUCUCAUCCCAUCUCUGCUUAGAGCCUUUCCUCUGAGGUGCUCUUCCCAUAACAUUAGCACCCUAGGAUGAUCUACUUACCCGUCCUUCUCCCCUACUACAUUGACAGCAACGUGAGGACGGUGUUCUCUCCAUCCAUCCAUCCAUAGCACACUUCCCAGGCACUUCAUGGAUACUCAAUAAACACGGCAAAUGAAUGAUCAAUUGAAUGAAUGUAUGAACUUGGCCUUUUGGGAGCACAUCUCCCUCUGUAUUACAAUGGCCUGAUCACUUCCCCACCCUUCUUUCUAAUCUGGGGCUCCUCUGGGGUGGAACUUGGCUGGCUCACUGCUAGACGCCCCAUCACUAGCACAGACUCUGGCACGUGGUGGGGCCCUUAGUAAACAUUUAUCAGAUGUUGAACAUUGGCCAGAAAAAACCUACCAAUCAGUUUGAUCAAAGCAAACAAGCAGUUUCUCUCUGAGCCUGUAUGAUUUAGGGGAGAUGUUAUACUGGGUACCUGUAAUAAAGCCUUUUUUUUUUUUUUUUAACCAGUUUGGUUAAAAAAAAGAAA